AUGGGCAGUGCCCGCCUCCGCGAGUGCAGCUUCCUCUUCUUUGGCGUUAUGGACUGUGUGUUUGGAGAGGAGUUUGCGGCAUACCUUCCCAGCGUUGUGCCGCCUUCGAUUGCCAGCUGCAAGCAGGUCGAGCAAGGUGACGAGAAUCUCAGCAUCUUCGGCUCCGAGGGCUCUGCUGUUUGUGCGUCGGGCUCCUCCCCUGCCAAUGCCAUUGCCAUCAUGGACGAGGUUGAUGCGCAUGGCAACGCCUCUAUUGAACUAGAGGAUGUGGAUGUUGGCCAGAUGGUUGAUGUCAACAACGCCAUUGCUAUCGAGAAAGAGAUCGCUACCGAUACUAUUGGCACCCUCUUUGCAUCUACUCGCAACCACUUCUUACCACACGUUGAGCAAUGCACCGUCGAGUUGAUCGACCUCCUGGACCACUAG